AUGCCAGGGCACGAAAUUUUUGCCUUCGAUAGGGCCCGAAUUAUCGCUUUGCAUGAAGAAGGUCUCAGCAGGCAUCAAAUUGCUGAUCGUUUAAAUUUAGUGCGAAGUACUGUCAGCCGAAUUAUACAACGGUAUAUGGACACCGGAAAUGUAAGAUCUCGUCCUAGGUUGGGCCGUCCAAGGAUAACGACUGAACGACAGAAUCGCUACUUGGCUCAAUUUGCCAGAAGAAAUCGGUCAGUUCCAAUUCUAGAGAGACGAUCUCAGUUUAAACGAACUUACGACCAAGUGAUAUCAAGCCGAACCAUUUCCAGGCGACUUUCUAAUGCUGGAUUGCGGCGUAGACGUCCAUUGCGAGUCCCUCUAUUAACUUUACAUCAUAGACAAAGGAGGCUACAGUGGGCUAGAGAACACCAGACCUGGUUAUUACCUUAG